CGAGGACCCUCGAGGUCGUCUUGCAUCGGUCGACUCAUCUUGUGGACAAAUUGAAUCUCAGCAUCUCAGUAAUCAUGGCAGCUCUCCGGUCUGGGCCUCCCCAGAUCCCUCUUGGCGGGCAUCUUGGACCCAGUUAGUCUACAAAAAGUGUCCGAUAUCUCUCCGGGCAGCUAUGGAUUUGGUGGUUCUGCCAGCGCCCAGGCUGAUAUUUACUGGUCCCGUAGGGCUAUAAAUACGGCCCUUUGACUCCCGGCGUUUCUUCUUCUGUGGCUCAGACUCACCUCAUAUCUAUCUCUCAGCAAUUAAUUUUCUAUCUUCUGGAAUAUCUUUUUCUACCGUCCGUUUCUACUCACAUAAAUUGGAAUAUCCCACAUCUAAUCAUGGCGGAGCACACCGAACACACCGAGAAGAACCGUCAAUACUUUGACAAUCUUGCCAAGUCCUACAAGGACAGUUUCAAGCCUGUCCUGGAUGGAAUCUGCAGAAAUGUUACGGCCCGCCGUACCUGGAUCAGUGAUACCUGGACCGACACCGAGGCCGGUCAGGGGAAGGAGAUCAAGGUGCUAGAUUACGCAUGUGGGACUGGCGUUGUCUCUCUGACUUUGGCACCUUUCGUGUCGAAGAUCGUGGGCAUGGACGUCGCAGACAACAUGAUCAAUCAGUUCAACCAGAACGCCCACGACGCUGGUUUCGGGGACAAGAUGUCCGCGAUCAAGGGUGACCUUCUGUCUGAGACUCUGUCGGACGAGCUCUCAGGACCGGAGUACUCUGAUUUUGACAUCGUUGUCGUCAGUGCGGCCCUCCACCACUUUGAGAAGCCGGAACUGGCCAUGUCCCGUUUCUGCCAGCGGUUGAAGAAAGGCGGCGUGUGUCUGAUUAUCGACAUUGUGCCGGACCACCAUCGGAUGGCGCACGACUUUGGUGAGGCUGAGCACACGGUCACAAACCAUGGGUUUACCGAGGAGCAGAUGAGGCAGCUGCACGAAGGCGCAGGGCUCAAUGAGGACUUCCGGUACCAGUCUAUGAACGAGCAGUUUGUGUACCAGAAGGAUGGGAAGCAGAGGACCUUGACCUUCUUCCUCUCGCGUGGCCAGCGUGCCUAGGUCGUUUUUGUGGACAGGUAGCAUGAUGAAUAUGAGCACCACGC